AAGGCGCUCCCGAAAGUGACUUAAAUAAGCGCUGCAAUUCUCAAUCUGACGCAAUUAGUGGUGCUUAUGAAUGGCCGCAUGAAAAAUCCUGAACCAAUGCCGAGACAACACGAGACAGAUCAGCUGAUCAUUGUAAUCCGGAACCCGGAACGCAGUGGUUAUUGUUGGGUAAUUAUUUCAACCUUUCAAGAAAGUGCUUCUCAUUUCUGUUCUCCGUUCGUGCAUAUAUUUCUGUAUCAAUUCCCAGAGAUGCGCUGAGACUGGCUGAAACAAAGCUAAAAACGUGCGGUGAAUGGAAAUCUUUCGUGGAAGUGACAUAUCAAGAGAGAAAGAGAGAUGAACACGCAAGUCAAUGCGAAAUCAGUAUUACCGAAAGCAACCAAUGGCGAAGUAUCAACGAAAAGAGCAGUAUUAACUGUUGGACUAAUCUUCAUAGCUUCAUUGACAGCAUUGUUUUAUGUAUACAUGAGCUUUCCAGAAUUAGAACAACAUGAGAAACAGUAUAUGAAACUGCCGUUUCAUAUAGAGGAUGCCAAGAAUUUGGGAAAGUUAUUAGAACGGUAUAAGGAUCUAUAUUAUUUCCAAGUAUUGGCUGGACUGUUCAUUACUUACAUCUUCUUACAAACAUUUGCCAUUCCUGGCUCUAUCUUUCUUUCAAUUCUGUCGGGAUUUCUUUUUCGCUUUCCAAUUGCGCUACUACUCGUGUGUACGUGCAGUGCAGUCGGCGCAACCUUGUGUUACCUGUUGUCCUCUUUACUGGGCAGACGAUUGCUGUAUCGAUACUUUCCAGAUAAGGCGAAAGAAUGGACCAUCAUUGUGACUAGGCAUCGUCAUAAUCUACUGAAUUACAUGCUGUUUCUGAGGAUGACGCCGUUGUUGCCAAACUGGUUCAUCAAUCUGGCCAGUCCAGUGAUUGGCGUGCCGAUGAUACCGUUCACUGUAGGUACUUUCUUCGGCGUCGCACCGCCUUCAUUUGUUGCUAUACAAGCGGGUCAAACUUUACAAAAGCUCACGUCGUCUAGUGACGCGUGGUCGUGGAAUAGUAUAAUUAUUCUGUGCAUAUUCGCAUUGCUUUCUCUACUGCCUGUGCUAUAUAAGCAGAAACUCAAACAGAAGUUCGAGUAAGUGCUAGAUCGACAGUGCUCUUAUAAGGAAACAUUCCGAUAUUACAUAAGAACAAGAGCAUUUCGGCUACAUUUAUUAAAAUGGGUAAAAUACUCUACCAUUAGAAAUAAUCCUAAAGAAUCUAAAAAAAUCAUGAGAGAUGCGAGUGUUUGAGAGUAUGAUCGAUUAGGAUUUGUUUUCUCAUAUGUAAUACAAAUAUUAGUAUUUAGCACAUUGCAAAUAAAAUUACUAGUAUUUGAAUACAUGGAUUUGAAUGUAAAAUAAUGAUAAAAUCCCACAAACAUAAUUUGUGCAUAAUUUAUUUAUUGUUAUUAUAGUUUAUUUCUUAAUACGCAGAUGUGUAUCUUAGAUUAUAUGGCUGUCAUAUAAAAACGUAUCUAAACUAUGUGCAGACAGAAAUGGAAGGUCAACUCAUUUUAUUAUUUAUUUUUAAUUAUUAUACAAAUACAUCUAUGCAUUUUAGACAAUAUCAUAUUGAGAAAUAAUCUCGGGUAACUCUGUUGAAGGCUGUUGAAUUUUACUUUUUAUCUUAUUCAUUGUUGUAACGAAAAAAUAAUACUGUACUUGAAAUCUAAAUGUGCAAGAAAUGAAGUAUAUAUAUUGAACAAAACCGAAUAUAUAUCUAUACAUAUAUAUAAUGUUGGAGAUUUAAAAAAACAUGUAAACAUAAUAUAUAAACUUUAUUAAAGGCAACUUUAUAUUAUCUUUGGUUAUAUCAUUUUGGCACACUGACAAUGAGUUUCUUCUAUUGAUGGCACUAGCAAAACGAAAUUAGAUAACCAAUAGAAAGAUCAGUAGCAUUGUACACUGGCAGACUUACAGGUCUCCAAUACCACCAAUUGUACCAUACUUUUGAGAAACAUAAAAGAAAAAUUAUAAAAAAUAAUACAAAAGAACAUAAAAGAAAAAUUAUAUAACAAUAACAGUGAAAAGAAAAAGAUCAACUAUAAAAAUUUCUCUGAUUUCUACUCACAUGUAUGUCCAGCAGAUAAUAAAAUAGUCAAAGAUCUACAAUGUUGAAUGCA